ACGAUGGCGCUCAGAAGUGGAGUCGGUUUCUUGCGUUUGAGUCGAAUAAAUCAAGUUUUUAGAUUGUUAUCAACACACUCUAGACCCGAAAUAGUUCAAAAUGGCGGACUCCACGCUGAAUUUCCCGGCGCAAGGGCUCCCUAUGUGACAGAAAUCAAAAUCCUAGACGAGAAUAGUUACGAUCCCAUUCCUAUUUAUCGAGUACUCGAUAACAAUGGCCAAGUUAUCGAUAGCAAAGAGGAGCCUAAUCUGGAUAAGGAGACCCUUCUUAAUAUGUACAAAACCAUGAUUCAAUUGAAUCAAAUGGAUAAAAUAUUGUAUGAAUCCCAAAGACAAGGAAGAAUAUCGUUCUAUAUGACGAAUUACGGGGAAGAAGGUAUCCACGUGGGAAGCGCGGCCGCUCUGUCGUCAAAAGAUAUGGUAUUCGCGCAAUACAGAGAGGCGGGAGUAUUCCUCUACCGGGGUAUGACGGUCACGGAGAUGGUCAACCAGUGCUAUGGGAACCACGAGGACCCUGGGAAGGGGAGGCACAUGCCGGUGCACUAUGGGAGCAAGCAGAGGAACCUUGUCACUAUAUCCAGUCCAUUGGCAACCCAAAUGCCUCAAGCAGUGGGCGCGGCGUACGCGUUCAAACGAACACCCAAUAACGAUCGCUGUGUCAUCUGCUACUUCGGGGAAGGAGCCGCGUCUGAGGGAGACGCCUUCGCGGCCUUAAAUUUCGCUGCUACUCUCGAAUGUCCUGUUAUCCUGUUUUGUAGAAACAACGGGUACGCGAUAUCCACCCCCACUCGGGAACAGUACCGCGGCGACGGUAUAGCGGCGCGCGGUCCGGCGCUUGGACUGCGGACCGUGCGCGUGGACGGCACGGACGCGCUCGCUGUGUACAACGUGGUAGUGCGGGCGCGGGAGCUGGCCUUGGGCAACAGGCCUGUGCUGGUCGAGGCCAUGUCCUACAGAGUGGGCCACCAUUCCACAUCCGACGACAGUACCGCGUACAGACCGCUCGAGGAAAUUCAGAAGUGGACUCAGGAUGAGAACCCCAUACAGAAGUUGAGAUUGUACCUCGAAAGCAAAGGUCUUUGGGAUGCGGAGGCUGAAAAGACUUACUCGAAGGAAGCUCGCGAUCUCGUUGUGAGGACCAUGCAGGAGGCUGAGAAGAAAAGGAAACCACAUUGGAAAGAGAUGCUCGAAGACGUGUACUACGACAUGCCCCCACAUAUUCAGAAACAAAUGCAAGAAAUGGAGAAACAUUUAGAAAAAUACCAAGAACACUACCCUAUGGAUCAGUAUCAAAAAGAAUAAAAUAUAAAUGUUAUAGUUAAUUUGUAAAUUGUAAUGACUGUAAUUCAAUUUGUACUAUAAUAAAUACAAUUUUUGUCUGUU